GACCGAUCAUUUAUCAGUGUACACUGUAGAAUUAGUAGGAGUCCUAUUGGCACUGCAGUGGUUUUUUAAAAAAUCAUCAGAGCCAAGAUGUCGCUAUAGCUUCUGACAGUCUAUCAGCACUAUCAAGCAAAACCUCAUCCCGUCUUCAAAAACAUCAUGCAGACAAGACAUUGUUUACCAAAUACUUAAUUUGCUUCUCAUACUUCAUGCUAAGGGGCUGAGUGUUUCCUUCUUUUGGGUUCUUGCACAUGUAGGGAUAGAAGGGAAUGAAAUUGUGGAUGUACUGGCAAAAAGAUUGAUAAAACAUGAAACAGUUGAUAUACAAGUACCAUUAAGUAGAGCAGAGAUCAAAACCAUUAUAAAGGGACACGCGCAUAAAACAUGGCAGGAAUACUGGGACACAGCUGACACCGGAUGACACCUAUAUACCAUACAAAAACAAGUAGGCAUGAGCGUGAGGCAGGGCAGAAACCCAAAGGAAGAGAUGAUAAUUACGCGUUUUAGAAUAUGCUGGCUUAAAUCAUGCUGGCUUAAAUCUAGCAUUAAACAGAAAAGGAAAACACCCCACUGGACUCUGCACACACUGCAGUACACAAGAGACGGUAAAACACAUUCUGUUAGACUGCAAAAGGUAUGAGGAAGAAAGAACUGAGCUAGAGAUGCAGAUUGGAAAACAAAACAUGACACUAGAGAACUUGCUGGGGAAAACAUCUGGGAAAAUGCACUGCCCCCUAAUAAACUAUUUUAAAAAUACUGGGAUAAGUGAGAGACUUUAGUAAUCUAGUAGGAAUAUCUACUAUAUAGCUAUUUAUCUCUUUAUUUUUCUUUUAUUUAUGUAUUAUUGUUUUGGUAUUAUUAUUAUUAUUAUUAGUUUGUUUAUUUUAUUUUAUUGUAUUUUCUUUUUUUAAUUUAUUAUUAUUGUUAUUAUUAUUUAUUUAUUUAUUUAUUUAUUUUGCUUGUUUGUUUUUCUUUUCCUGCCAAUCUACUGCCCACACUCCAGUCCAGUAGGUGGCGGUAAUUCACCUUUAGUGGUUUGCCAACCGCCAUUAAAACAAAAAGAAGAAGAAGAACCACCGUGACUUCCUGUUUCAGUGGAAAUUACGUCAGUACAUCGAAUAACGCUGUGUGUUUCAAGGCACUUCAUAGGGACUUUAAUUGGUAUGGAUCCUGCUGCUAGGAUCAGAUCAUCCAAGGACCUGAUGAUUCAGAAAGCAGACAGUGAAAAGGGUUUAAGCAACUUGCCGAAGAGGGUUCCAGUGAUGCAGGGCUGCCACAAACCGGCACCGACCCCGAGCCAAACAUCCGUCCUCUGCGUUUCUCAGGGCCCGCAGCGUGUCCAGCGGCCUCGGAGUGAACAGAAAAGCUCGUGCGGUGGAGAGCAGAACGUUAACCCUACUCAGACUCAACUCAAACCACAACCAGCACAGAGUCAGCCCAAACCCGCUCACACCGCCACAGAGUGUGUUAAAUUCACAGAGCACAAGCAGGACAAGCCUAACCCUAAACCUACCAAUGGAACGACCAACGCUGAGAAGAAGCCGUGGAGUCUGGAGAACUUCGACAUCGGCAGGGCUCUCGGGAAGGGCAAGUUCGGAAGCGUAUACUUGGCCAGAGAGCGACAGACAAAGUUCAUCCUGGCCCUGAAGGUGCUUUUUAAAAAGCAGCUGGAGAAAGCCGGCGUGGAGCACCAGCUGAGGAGAGAGGUGGAGAUCCAGUCGCAUCUCAGGCAUCCCAACAUCCUGCGCCUGUACGGUUACUUCCAUGACUCCGCGCGCGUCUACCUCAUCCUGGAGUUCGCUCCUAAAGGCGAGCUGUACGGAGAACUGCAGCGCUGCAGGAUGUUCGAUGAUCAGCGCAGCGCCACGUAUAUAAUGGAGCUAGCCGAUGCUUUGUACUACUGCCAUUCAAAGAAAGUCAUCCACAGAGACAUUAAACCUGAGAAUCUGUUAUUGGGAGCAAACGGGGAGCUGAAGAUUGCAGAUUUCGGGUGGUCUGUCCACACGCCGUCCUCAAGGAGGUCCACACUAUGCGGCACGCUGGACUACCUUCCUCCAGAGAUGAUCGAGGGCAAAACCCAUGACGAAAAAGUGGACCUCUGGAGUCUGGGAGUUCUCUGUUACGAGUUCCUGGUCGGGAAUCCUCCUUUCGAGACGAAGAGCCACGAAGAAACGUACCGGAAAAUAUCCAGGGUCGAGUUCACUUAUCCUUCCCACGUGAGCGAAGGUGCUAGAGAUCUGAUCAACAGGCUUUUGAAACACAACCCAAUGCAUCGACUUCCUAUCCAGGGAGUCCUGACCCAUCACUGGGUGGCGGAAAACUCCACCAAGAAGCCGAGUAGUUUCACUCGAACCGCUGAAGAGUCUCCAUGAGCACGUUGUGCAGCUCAAACACAAACUAUGGAUUAGAGACGCUGAGAAACGGCAGGAAUUCCUGAGCCUUGCUGCCUCUCGUGUGCAUGUCACAUUUUCCUCUCCUGGCUUCAUUUUCUCUCUCCUUCCUUCCUUCCUUCCUUCCUGUAAAUAUCUAAUUGUUUAGAAUUAUGAAAAUGUACCUGUUUUACUUGAAACAAUAAAUCCUAUUUUUAAAGUGUUUCCUUCAAUAAAGUGAGGUUUGUGGAGCUUUUAAAAGUACAGUGAUUUACUUCAGCUUUGCUUUUUUCAGUUUUUCCAGGCAAGAUAGGAAGUCAAAUUAAUUCUGUGUAAUUGUGAUGAACAUGUAGCCAGUUUUCAGCAUUUCAGAAAUAUUCGGUGUUCAUUCGUUUCUCCAGAAAAGUGCAAUAUGUGAAUGUGAUCUGCUUCUGCUCGGGUUAAAGUGCUUUUGCUGGAGGAUUUGUGGGUUUGUGUUUAAACGUUUGUAUUUGAAAACAUUUCACAUCACCACUAUUUAAAAAGCUACACUGAAACAACUUUUUAUAUGCUUGUUUAUUGCAAAAAUAAAUAUUGUUGAAUAUUCUCCUCA